CAUGGCAGACCGCACCGACGCAGACUGGCAUGCUCUCGUGCAAGCCAAGAUAUCUGAGGUUCUCUCCGCAACUGAGGAGAGCCUCGAACCUGGUCCACUAGCGUCAGUUAGCACGCCAGCAGACCCUCGUUUCCCUCUGGCGAUCGACCAUACCUUGCUCAAGCAGGAUGCGACACCAGCCCAGAUCGAUGCUCUUUGCGACGAGGUGAUAAAAUACGGCUUUAAGUCCUGCUGCGUCAAUGGGCUCUACGUCAAGCAAGUGGCGGAACGCCUGAAGGACUCACAGUCGAUUGCAUGUUCCGUGAUUGGCUUUCCUCUGGGUGCAGGAUCACCUGAGGCGGAGGCAUGCGAAGCACAACAAGCGAUAAAGGAUGGUGCACUCGAAAUCGACACCGUCUUGCCUGUCGGUCUUCUCGUCGCAAAGCCGCCGCAAUACAAGCGCAUCUUCGACCACUUGAAGACGAUCAUUGACGCCGCUAGCCCUGUGCCAGUCAAAGUGAUCUUGGAAACAGGGUUGAUACCGACGCCAGAACUGAAGAUCGCUGCCUCUUUCAUUUCUGCUGAAGCGGGAGCUGCUUUCGUGAAGACUUCAACGGGAUUUGCGCCGGGGGGAGCGACCAAGGAGGACGUCAGUCUCAUGCACCGGACGAUCAAAUACAAAGGAAGUGUAAAAGUGAAGGCAUCAGGAGGAGUGCGAACUUUCGAAGCGUGCCAGGAGAUGUUUAAAGCAGGAGCAGAAAGAGUAGGAAGGUCUUCUGGCGCAAGUCUCGUGCAGAAUUCUGUUGUAGCAGGUGGCUGUUAUUG